AUGGCAGACUUCCAAUUUACCAGUGUAACGGACACGCUCUAUACCUUGUACUCCAAUUUCACCAACAACAUAUCCACUUCGGUCUCUAACCUCACCGUCCAGGACUAUAUCCGUCUCGUCUGGAUCAUAGGUGGCUAUUAUUUUCUCCGACCCUACCUUGAUAAAGGAUUCAGAAAACUGUUGGACUCCGGCACGGCGAAGAGGGAAGCCGAAGAAGCCGCUGCUGCCGAAACUGCCGGUAGGGCUAAAAUGUCCGCAAAUGCUUUGAGGCAAGGCGACACAGCGGGGGAUAGCGAUGAUGAAGAGGAGGAUGAGGGAGAAUCCACAGGUGUGUCAAACUGGGGCAAAAGCGCAAGGAGAAAACAGCGGAAUUUUAUGAAGUACCUCGAGCAGGAAGCCGAGAGAAAGAGAGCGGAAGACGACGAUAAGGAUAUCGCAGAUUUACUCGAAGAUUAA